AUGCACUCACCGGCGUCGUCUCAGAUUUUCGAGCGUAACGUGCAAGAAAGCGUGGGCGAGCUGUCACCUGCCAUCCCCGCACAUAUCCAAACGGAAGACCAUAUACCGCCAGUCUUGGAGGCAUCGUCGUUGGCAAUCACCGACGACCAUUUGAACCCAGAUGAGGUGGAGAUUGUUAUGCAUUCGGCGCACCAGCCCGCCUCAGCUACCGUUGCUGGCAGCAUGACUGAUUCGAUGUAUUCUCCCUCGCAGGAUGAUUUUCCCAUUUCAGGACACCUAGAUUAUGAGGACUCUGCGUCCAACUACGGGUCACUGGACACCACCGAUGUGCGACGUCUGAGCUUUAUUUCAUUUGCGGAUGUCGUCCAAGCUGAACAUGUUGAGGACAACCGAAACGCAAUGCAAUUCAUGAGCCUAUCGUCCACAGCCAACCGGUCUCCAUCUCCAGUGCGGUCCCCCACCUCAUCCCAUGGUUUCAGUGCAUCUCCGCCUACGAGUGGAGCCACAUCAGAAAAGGGCGCCGAAUUGGUGUCUCCCAAAGGCGCUCGGGCUCCCGGCAGCCCUACAACGACUCAUGGCACCCAUAGCCCCCCAUUGGGCGGUGAAUUGCAGAUUGAAACCAUGCGCCAAGCGCUGCGGAAGACAGGCAGCGGCGAUCUCAGCGGCGCACGGAGCCAGCCACUGAGCGCUGUCAGUCUGGAAGACAACGCGGCCGACCUGCCUCCAUUUAAAUAA